AUGGCAAACAUUACCGGUGGCAUUAUCCCGGCCAUCAACCACCUGGACAUUGGAGGCUACAACGUCUUCUACCGUGAAGCUGGCCCGGCAAAUGCCCCCACUAUCCUACUUCUUCAUGGAUUUCCUACUUCCUCCUUCAUGUUUCGCCAUCUGAUUCCGAUUCUCGCGGUAACUUACCAUGUGAUUGCGAUGGACUACUCCGGAUUUGGCUUCACGACCGGCCCCGCGAGAUAUCCACACACGUUCGAAAACAUCGCUAUUGUGACGGAAAAGUUCUUGAACGCCCUCGAUAUCUCCAAGUACGCACUGUACAUAUUUGACUAUGGCGCUCCAGUUGGUUUAAAGCUUGCCGUGCGAAACCCUCAAGCGGUAACUGCGGUCAUUUCGCAGAAUGGCAAUGCUUAUGUUGAGGGACUUGGCCCAUUUUGGGACCCAGUGAAAGUGUACUGGGAAUCUGGAAGUAAAACUGACCGCGAUGCUCUGGAUGGCGUUCUUUCUUUCAACACAACCAUGGGGCAAUAUACGGGGGGAACCAAGAAUCCUGCCAUUCUCGAGCCUGAAUCUUGGUGGCUCGACUGGACCCUCAUGGCAAACAGGCCAGGCAACGAUGACUACCAACUGGACCUCUUCUAUGACUACCGGAACAACGUCAAGCAAUAUCCCGAGUUUCAGGAAUAUUUCCGCAACUCUCAGGUGCCAUUGCUCGCCGUCUGGGGCAAAAAGGACACCAUAUUCAUCCCUGCCGGGGCCGAAGCUUUCAAAAGGGACUUACCUCAUGCCGAGAUUCAUCUACUAGAUGCGGGCCACUUUACUUUGAUCAGCAACCUGGAGCAGAUGGUGGGAUAUAUUCUCCCUUUCCUCAAGAAGCAUCUUGGCAAAUGGUGUGAAUAA